AUGUCCGAGCUAACAAUUAAUGCACAAGCCGAUGGUGGAGUUAUUAAGAAAACAAAAGACAGUGUCCGUUUCAUUAUCACGACAAUUAUUGGAUUUGCUUUAGGAUUCUUCAUUGGUUCUUCAUUUCCAUUCUUUUCUCAUUACAAGGUUUACUUACCUUCAAGCCAUAGAUCAUCUAUUGAUGUAGCAACAGCAUCUAAUGACCAAGGUUUAUUUGUAGUAAAAUUUCCUCAAACAAAUGUGGUCAAUGUUCCCAUAGUACCCAAGAAAUAUAUUCGAAGGAAUCCUCGGGGUUCAAAAUUAUUACCACCUCGAAUCAAUGUUCCAGAAUCUGACCUUCAUCUUCGCAGAUUAUAUGGUUUACCUCCUCUGGAUUUGAAGAGGAAACCAAAGUAUUUAGCAGCAUUUUCAGUUGGUAUUCAUCAAAUGAAUAAUAUUGAUGCAUGUGUUAAAAAGUUUUCUGAGGAUUUCCAAAUUGUGCUGUUUCAUUAUGAUGGGAAGACAACUGAAUGGGACCAAUUUGAAUGGUCAAAGAAAGCAAUCCAUGUUACUGCCAGCAAACAAACAAAAUGGUGGUAUGCGAAAAGGUUUUUGCACCCUGAUGUUGUUGCUGCAUAUGAAUAUAUUUUCAUAUGGGAUGAAGAUGUUGGAGUGGAACACUUCAAUGCAGACAGAUACAUAGAGCUGGUGAAGAAACAUGGUCUGGAGAUCUCACAACCAGGUUUGGGGCCCAAUGAUAUAGUUACAUGGGAGAUGACAAGGAGGAGAGAGGGCCAAGAGGUUCACAAGGUUAGCCUCGAGAGACCAGGCUGGUGUAGCGAUCAACAUUUGCCACCAUGUGCUGCUUUUGUGGAAAUUAUGGCGCCUGUAUUUUCUCGUGAUGCCUGGCGAUGUGUAUGGUAUAUGAUUCAGAAUGAUCUUGUGCACGGAUGGGGAUUGGAUUUUGCUCUCAGAAGAUGUGUUGAGCCCGCACAUGAAAAAAUUGGAGUAGUAGAUUCAGAGUGGAUUAUUCAUAAAGUAAUCCCUUCUCUUGUAAAUCAGGAAGUGACUCCGGAUUCAAAUAACAUAAAUUUCUCUAAGGGAGUGACCAAAUUUGGGAAAUCUCGUAGGCAAGAGGUUAGAAUAAGGUGCAAAAACGAGUGGUCGAUUUUUCAGGAUCGUCUCGCCAAUGCCGACAAGGCAUACCAUGCUCAGUUCGGAAAUGGGUAAUUUUUGGUUUUUGGUUUUUUGCUCAAAUGUAAGAUCGGCUUCUAAACCAUAUUACUUUUCUCACUUAGGUGCUUAAGGUUAAACUAUCAAUUUUGUCUCAUUUGUCCUAAAACUUUAGGUAUCUUAGUGUAAAAAUGAUAUAGUCUAAGGACCAAUUUUGGAAUUAAACCUUUUAAAUUUGUUUUUCCUCACACUUCCCUCAUUUAUCUUUGAUGUUUGUUAGGGUUCAGUUUUUGACUCUCUCUUUUUCCUGAAAAAGUGUGAAUUCAAGUUUGGAUUGUUUCGGGUUUGUGUUGUUUUGGGUUCGAGAUUGAGACUUGAACAUUUUAGAUUGAAUUAUUUUU